AUGGCCGAAGAACCCAAUGAGAUAUCAACCACUCAGCAAGGAGCUCAAUUUGAUUCCUCGGAUUUUGUUGAGGGCGAUAUUCUGACAUUCUCGGACUUGGACCUACGUCGACUUGGAUUGGCAACAGAGAAUAUUCACGGACUACAUACGCACCACGACAGGGAGCAAAGCAACUUUUUGUCAUCCCAGCCAUCCCCCAUCGCUCCGGAACUGGUUGGGUUCUCAAGCCCAGGAGUUAACGAUGACGAAAUAUCUGGAUCAUUAGGAUCAGCAUACCCCAGCGCCAGCUCGUUCACAUCCUUUCCCGGCCCGGAUCUACAGAGCAUACCUGGGCGAGGACACAUGAACAUGCAAACACCAAAUACGUCAUGGGAAUCCCCGCCUCUUCUACCGCCUUUGUAUCAAGACCGUCUCCCACCAGUCUUGGAGACUCAACACCGAGGACUUCCUCGGCGCAGGAGCCGGUACUUCAGUAACGGGGUUUAUCAAUCAGGUAUCUCGACACCAAUAGAAAUUCCAAAUGCGACGAAUUCAACACAAGGGACAUCGAACCCGCUGCAGCGAUGGAGAGAUUCUCCCCCAGAAACGGAGGCAGCAUCGUUAUCAGAUAUUGCAAAUGCCCUAAAGGAUAUGCCAUUAAAGAGCCGCUAUUCCGCUGGGAGCUUGCGUAGCCAAAAGGCAGGUAGUCAUCCUGGAUCGAUCACUAGCCACGGCAGCGCGACCAGCCGCUCCACGGGCGGUUCGAACUCGUCUGCGGGCUCGGCGCUGCUGCGAGCGCAACCAGACGGUGACCGAGUGAGGUCCCGAGUAUCGAAGCGGACGCGAGCGCCAAGAAUGGCGGCGAGCCAAGGAAACAAAAAGGAUCAGAGGAACUUCCAUUGCACUUUCUGCUGCGACUCUUUCAAGAGCAAAUAUGACUGGUCGAGACACGAGAAGUCUCUCCAUCUGAACCUUGAUAGCUGGAAAUGCUUUUCCUCUACAGGGACUAUAAUCUCACUGGUGACAGGAGAGGUCAAGUGCUCAUACUGCGGUGUUCCUAGCCCAACGGAUGAACAUCUGAACUUGGACCACAGCCAUGGUAGCUGCCACGUGGAUGGGAAGCCUCCCAGAUUCAUCCGUAAAGACCAUCUUGUUCAACAUCUCAGGCAUGUUCACCAGGUGAAAAACCCGAGCAACAUUGAUUCAUGUAAGGAAGAAGGCCCUCCAGUGGCCUCCAGAUGUGGAUUCUGCAAUAUUAGGAUGAAAACAUGGGAAGCACGCGUUGAACAUCUCGCCAGACAUUUUAAAUCGGGCGCAGCCAUGGACCAAUGGAAAGGAGAGCAUGACUUCGACCCUUCCAUUGCGCCUCAAGUACGCCAUGCGAUCGCUCCCUAUCUAAUUGGUUCAGAGUCAAGGGCGCCUCUCCCGUUCUCAGUCACAAGUCACAAGGAUCACCUGUCUCAAAUUCGAGGUGCAAGUGAACAGUGCCUUGACAACUGGCGGCGGGUAGAAGUGUCAAGCCAGCAGUCUCCGGAAUGCGGAACAGCACCCCCUGAACCCGACGAUCCUAUAGAGGAGAAUACCGACUCGAUGAUGUUUCCUGACAUCCUUGCAGUACACCUCGCUCGUUUCGCCCGGAAGCAAAUAAGACUCGGGAUAAUGCCCACCGACAGGAUGUUCCAGAAUGAGGCAAGAAGCCUGGUUUUUGACUCCGUGGACCCGUGGGACCAAACCAUUGCGGACAACGAUGUCUGGCUCGAUAAGUUUCGCAACCGGCAUUUAGGUGGCUCACCUGAUGGCCGAGGUGAAGAGUGA